ACUGCGGGAGAACUGGGGAAGAAGCCCAGGCGUUCAUGGCUCAUUGCGUCCCGCUCUGCAUCUGUGGUUCGUGGGGAGCGACCCCCGGGCAGCGUCCAAAGUGGAGUUCCCACACACGUUGCGAACCCACGGCCAGUUUUCUCUGAAACCGCGUCCUUGAGUCCGGGGGUGGAGGCGGAGAAAAGGGUGCGGGGCGAGUCAGAGAGACCACACACAGGGCCGCAGCCCUCCCACCAGCGCGUCCUGCAGCGCCGGCAGCCACAGGCUGGGAUCGCGGCUGCUGCCCCGCCCCCGUCCCUCCACCCCCUGCCCGGGACUGCGGGGCCGCCCCGCCCCACCUGCAGGUGAAGCGGCCGCAGCCGCCGAGUAGGUGCGUGGGGAUGAUCUCACUCGCGCGCUCCGCGCCAGGAGGAGGAGGAGCGGGAGCAGAUCCAACUUCCGGGUAGUGGAGCCGCAAGCCACCGGCAUCUUGCUUUUCCUUCCCCCUCCCCCUGUGUGCCCCGCGCCGCUCCUUCUUUCCCUUUUAUUCCCGGCCCCACCCGCCAAAAUGAACAGCUCGGACGAGGAGAAGCAGCUGCAGCUGAUCACCAGUCUGAAGGAGCAAGCAAUAGGCGAAUAUGAAGACCUUAGAGCAGAGAACCAGAAAACAAAGGAGAAGUGUGACAAAAUUAGGCAAGAACGAGAUGAAGCUGUUAAAAAACUGGAAGAAUUUCAGAAAAUUUCUCACAUGGUCAUAGAGGAAGUUAAUUUCAUGCAGAACCAUCUUGAAAUAGAGAAGACUUGUCGAGAAAGUGCUGAAGCUUUGGCAACAAAGCUAAAUAAAGAAAAUAAAACAUUGAAAAGAAUCAGCAUGUUGUACAUGGCCAAGCUGGGGCCAGAUGUAAUAACUGAAGAGAUAAACAUUGAUGAUGAAGAUUCAACUAUAGACACAGACGGUGCCGCCGAGACUUGUGUCUCAGUACAGUGUCAGAAGCAAAUUAAAGAACUUCGAGAUCAAAUUGUAUCCGUUCAGGAGGAAAAGAAGAUAUUAGCCAUUGAGCUGGAAAAUCUCAAGAGCAAACUCGUAGAAGUAAUUGAAGAAGUAAAUAAAGUUAAACAAGAAAAGGCUGUUUUAAAUUCAGAAGUUCUUGAACAGAGAAAAGUCUUAGAAAAAUGCAAUAGAGUGUCCAUGUUAGCUGUAGAAGAGUAUGAGGAGAUGCAAGUAAACCUGGAGCUGGAGAAGGACCUUCGAAAGAAAGCGGAGUCAUUUGCCCAAGAGAUGUUCAUUGAGCAAAACAAGCUAAAGAGGCAAAGCCACCUUCUGCUGCAGAACUCCGUCCCUGAUCAGCAGCUUUUGAAAGCUUUAGAUGAAAAUGCAAAACUCACCCAGCUCCUUGAAGAAGAGAGAAUUCAGCAUCAACAAAAGGUCAAAGAAUUAGAAGAGCAACUAGAAAAUGAAACACUCCACAAAGAAAUACACAACCUUAAACAGCAACUGGAGCUUCUAGAAGAAGAUAAAAAGGAAUUGGAAUUGAAAUAUCAGAAUUCUGAAGAGAAAGCCAGAAAUUUAAAGCACUCUGUUGAUGAACUCCAGAAACGAGUGAACCAGUCUGAGAAUUCAGUACCUCCACCACCUCCUCCUCCACCACCACUUCCCCCUCCACCUCCCAAUCCUAUCCGAUCCCUCAUGUCCAUGAUCAGGAAACGAUCCCACCCCAGUGGCAGUGGUGCUAAGAAAGAAAAGGCAACUCAACCAGAAGCAACUGAAGAAGUCACAGAUCUAAAGAGGCAAGCAGUUGAAGAGAUGAUGGAUAGAAUUAAAAAGGGAGUUCAUCUUAGACCCGUUAAUCAGACAGUCAGACCGAAGACAAAGCCAGAAUCUUCUAAAGGCUGCGAAAGUGCAGUGGAUGAACUAAAAGGAAUACUGGGGACACUUAACAAAUCCACUAGUUCAAGAAGCUUAAAAUCCCUUGACCCUGAAAACAGUGAAACUGAGUUAGAAAGGAUUUUGCGUCGCAGAAAGGUGACAGCAGAAGCAGAUAGCAGUAGUCCAACUGGGAUAUUAGCAACCUCAGAGUCCAAAUCCAUGCCAGUGUUGGGUUCUGUAUCCAGUGUAACAAAAACAGCCUUGAACAAGAAAACUCUGGAGGCAGAAUUCAACAGCCCGUCCCCCCCAACACCUGAGCCAGGUGAAGGGCCCCGUAAAUUGGAAGGAUGCACAAGUUCCAAGGUUACGUUUCAGCCUCCCAGUAGCCUUGGAUACAGGAAAAAAUACAUUGACGGUGAAAAACAAGUCGAACCAGUUGUAGUUUUAGAUCCUGUUUCUACACAUGAACCCCAAACCAAAGACCAGGUUGCUGAAAAAGAUCCAACUCAACACAAGGAGGAUGAAGGCAAAGUCCAACCAGAAAACAAAGAAGACAGCAUUGAAAACGUGAGAGAGACAGACAGCUCCAACUGCUGAUCCAGAAACCAGAAGCCUGACAUGUUUGGAAGUCCUUUUCAAUAAGCACGUGAUGAGUGUUGGUAUAUUGGCAUGGGCUGUAGACAUUCUGCUCUGGUCUCUGUAUUCAGAAUCCAGGUUUUUUUCUGGUGUUACUUUUGUAAGUAGCAACUAUAAACAUAAGUAAGCUGUUUAGCAAAACACAUUCCUAUUAGGUUUUGGUUAUUUGAUCUUUAUAAGGAUAUUUUUUUUCCUAGUUACUGUAUUAAGUAUGACUUCUUUUAGAAGGUUACAAAAAAAAUGCAGAUGUUGAUACCUUUUUAGGAAAUGUGCAUACCACUCCUCAAAUGGAAUGCUAAAAGUUUGAGGUGCUUGUAAAUAAUUGGAUAAACAAAACUGAUCAACCUAAUGUGAUUUUUAAAGCCCCCAAAGAAGCUUCUGGUUUGGGUCUGAUCCUCUUGAUGGAGAAACUGCAGCAGCGUGGAAAUUGUUGGGUACUGUGGCAUACAAGUUAUUUUCUACGGUAGACUGAGAUAAACUUAAAACUCAGGAGCUGGCAUCAAACUCGUAGUCCCAUAGUCAGUCUUAAUUACAUACAUUGUUAACUAUUGGAUGAAAAAAUACAUGCUAUUGAUUGUGUCCAAAGCCUCCCAAGGACCUCCAUGGGGAUGCUCUGGUAGCCUGAAUACAGAACUGAGGUGAAAGUCCAAACCUUGAAUUUUACAGUAACAUGUUGGUAAACCAUGUGCUCUGUGCUAUGAGUUAAUUAUGUUUUCCCAUAUACUAAUGUGGCACAAGUACCAUAUUUUAUCAGAGUUCUUAGGUACAGUACAGUGAAGAUAAGUGACAAGCACACAUUUUUCUUGCUUCACUGCUGUUCUGUAUUACACAGGUUUGUUGUUGUUUUUUUAAAUAAAGAAAUUAAGCGGUAGUUAGUCUCUAAAAAUACAAUGUUUCAGGCUACCACAGUGAAUAAAUAGAAAUGUAAUCAGGGAUUAAAAAAAAAAACUUAUGCAGCUUUUCAAAGUUGAUUGUUUCAAAAUUGGUGUUUAUUUAAAAUAAGUGGUAAUGUACUUGAAUGCACUUUUUAUGACAAUGAUUCAGUAAUGGUAAUUUUACUAUUAAAGAAAGUGAAAGGUUUAGUUUUGUUAGCAUGGCUCAGCAUGUAGCUGUCAGGUGUUUUUCACCUAAGCGCAAAAGAAAAUGAUAGGAAUAAUUGCAGUAGUUGUAUUGUAUUGUAUUUUUGCACGUGUGGUAAGCAUAGGCUUGCAGAGGUGGGUAGGCAGGUACAUGUACUUCCUAAAUUUGGAGAUAAUUAUCUUUCUGUAAGUUCGUUAUGCUUGACUGUUUCCAUGUUCUCCCAAUGAUGAUUUGACAGUUACUUAUCACUUUACUCAUGGGGAAUUAAAAUGUAAUGUUUUUCAACUGUAUCUUUCCUUAACUGGAUAAUACUGCUAUAUGAUAUGCUAACUACAGACUGCAUUAAUUCAUGAAACAAAUUCUGUUAUGUCCUGUAAUUUGAACUCUCCUCACCACAACUUAUUAAAAAGGCACCAAUAGUUUUUCCCAUUGA